AUGAAUUUUGCCUCGCACGAAGAUGCUGAGGGCACUGUUGCCGUCGGAGUGGUCGGUCAUGAGGAGGACUUCAACGAUGUUGGGGCCUCUUUCCCGUCCUUCGAAAACACUCCUGUCCACUUCGCGACAGAGAAUAGCACCAUUGUUACUUCCCAAACUGGAUCCACUGCACUAGUUCCUUGCGUCGUUAUCAACAUUGGCGAUGGAAUGGUCUCCUGGAUAAGAAGGAAGGAUUACCAUCUGCUUACUGUCGGUCUGACAACUUACAGCAGUGACGAGAGGUUCCAAGCCAUCCACUUACAGCAUUCGGAGGACUGGACGCUCCAAAUAAAGUACGUGCAGCAGAGGGAUGCCGGUAUAUACGAGUGCCAAGUAUCGUCGCAUCCGUCCACCAGCAUCUUCAUUCAGCUCAACGUAGUCGAAGCCAAAGCUGAUAUUUCCGGUCCAUCCGAGAAGAUUGUCAAUCCUGGAUCUGGUCUGAGGUUGCUGUGCACCGUGCUUCAGAGCACCGAACCGCCGAUCUACGUUUUCUGGUACCACAACAACCGGAUGAUCAACUACGAUGAUGACCGGGGGAUCAACGUGACCACGGAACUCAAUGCGAAGAUUAGCGUACUCACCAUUACCAAUGCAGCCAUUCGACAUUCUGGAAAUUACUCAUGCGUUCCCAGUAACGCACAUCCUGCAAGCACUUAUGUACAUAUACUAAACGGGGAGAAUCCUGCAGCAAUGCAGCACGGAGGACGCGGUUUGUCCUGGCUUCAAUGCAGUCCGUCUUCGUGGCUCCUCUUCAUUGCCAUCGCUAUAGCCAGGCUCUCCUAAAUCCCAUCUGCAGAAAGGACGAAGGAUUCACAUAUUUAUUAAGAUUUAUAAUAAUCAUUAAGAGAACUCUCCUGAAACGUUGCGCAAAUGCAACAAGACGUCGGGUGCUUCAAGUUCUUACUGUAUAUCCAAUUAUAUGAAAAAUAAAAUAUAUUAUAAACAAAUAUAUAUAUUAUUAUAACAUAUUCAAAAUCAAAGUAACGUUAAUGAUAUUUAGAUACUUUAUCUUGGUUUGUGAACGGGGAAUGCAUGUUAAUUACCUUUAUAAUCAUGGUUGAUGGCUGAAUGAGAGAUUGCGAAAAUUUGUCUGAAACAUGAACAAGAUUUUUUUGUACACAAAGUCUGAUUAAUUAUCAAAUGUUUAGUAACUAUAAUUAUAAACUUAAAAUAAUUAUAAAAUACAAGCCAAUUAACUUGAUAUUCUAUUGUUGAAUUCGGGUUGAGUACUUACAACCUGACAAGUUACAUGGCAAAUAGUAUGCAUUGUCUGUACUAAAAUUACGACAAGAUGUUUUAUAUUAAAAAGAAAAGAAAAAUAAAAUAAUUUUAGAAAUAAAAAUGGUUAUUAAAUAAAUCUAUGUGUAUUAUGUAAAUUGUCUAAUGGUGUCUAUCGAGGUUUCUAGAACCCUUAAGGAAUGAUCUAUUCUUUAGGUAUUGCAACUACAAAGCACAUGUUGAAACAAUUAAAUUGUUUAAAUAUGAAAUAGCUUUGUUAAAAGUUUGAGUAUAGAUCCAGAAAUUUUCAGACGUGAAAAAGUUUAUUCAAUAUAUGUUGGUGGCUUUUAUUUUUGAUGUCAACUAAAAAAAGAAGUACGUACAAAAAAUCUAAUUAUAUUGAUCAGAUUCCGUAUGAAAAAUUUUCGAUUGCGGUAAGAAGUUUCCUUCAAUUACCAUCUGAAUUAUUUGAUGCGAACCGAAUAAACAUUCACAGAAUUUGGAAAUGGAGCGAAUUGCAUAUUAAUUGGAACAAUUGGACAAUUUGUGCUCUGAAUUAGAAACUGAAUAAAAAAAAAUAACGAAAAAGAAUGAAUGCGCGAAUGCUGCACUAUCGACUGAAUUGCGGUCGUUGUGUGUGUCUACGUGUGAAAUUUAAUUACGUAAACUGUUUAGCAAUUAAGUGAACUAUUGGAUAAUUACACUUAUACAUGUCAUUUUAAACUUUUUAACGAUGUUUAGAAGGGAAUGGCACGCAGACGUCUGAUUGUUGGAUUGGAUCAUUUAAGUAUAUUUAACAUAUAUAAUAUAUAUAUAUAUACAUAGACUAUACAGGGAAAGUAAAUGAAUUGAAGGCACGUAUAACCUAUUCACAAUUAUUUUAUUACUGUUAUUAUUAUAUUACCAUGUUAUAUUUUAUUAUGUCGCAUUGACUUUCUCUUUAAGUUUAUUACAUACAUCUUAAUAUUCU